GUGGGUUUUCCCCCGCCUGUUGCUUUCAGUUCCUUCUUCUCUCUUCAGCCUUAAAGGUAGAAAUCUCACUGAGUUCGUUCAUUGAUAUUUGAAGAACAGCAGCGACUUGACCAGAAAUAAGGUUUGAUUGUGCGACGAUGGCCGACCCAGAGACUCCAAACCAGCCUCUUCUGGCAGCUCCCAACCAGCAGGGAGGACGUUCUUCCCGGGCCUACAAGGUUGCAGGUAUAACCCUGCUGGCCUGUGUCCUGAUUGUGGGCCAGGCGAUGAUCGCUUACUUCCUCCUGAGCCAGAGGGGCGACAUCAGAACUCUCAAGGAGCAGAACGACGACCUGAAGUCCGAACUGACCAAGGGAAGAUCUGUUGCUGUGCCCAUGAAGAUGCACAUGCCCAUGCAAGCCCUGCCUGAGCUGAUGGUUGCCUCUAUGGAUGAGGACACUUCAACCGCUGGAGGCGAAGACAAACCUGUUCCUGUGCAGCUCACUGAGUGCCAGAAGGAGGCAGCCGGUUUGGAGCCUGUGCAGUUCCCAAAUUUCCGCCCAGAAUGUGACGAGCGCGGCCUCUACCGUAGCCAGCAGUGCGUCUUGCAGCACUGCUGGUGCGUGAACCCGGCCAGCGGGCGAGAGGUCCCUGGAACCCUGACCAACGGGAAGGCCAACUGCAUGGCAUCUGUCUCCAUGGGUGGAAUGAGCAAAGUGUUCGCUGCCUGAUGUUAAUUAACUUCUGACACUGUGCUGAUGAAAUCUCCUCCAGAGACGAGCAACAGUUCAACUCCAAAUUUGCAUCUUCAUCAACUUCUAAUCACCAACAUAUUUGUAGUAUUUGAUAAGCUAGUGAGGUUUUAUAUACUUCUGAUAGAUUACCAAAUUAUAACCAUUUAUCUGCUUGCUACUAUUUUACCAGUUUAUUCCAAUAUUAUAUGCACAGAGGUGUGACUUUUGCUCUUGAUAUAUACUAUGCUAUAAACCACCAUCUUACAGUUUUGUAAAUGGCUGGUAAAGGUUAAGGAUUUUAAAAUAGUUUGCUCUUUUACUCAGAUUUUGUCCCAUGUCAGUUUGAUGUCAUUUUUUAAAUUCUAUGUUGGGUAGAUUGUAACGAGCAUUGGAUUUUUAAUACAUUUUUAAUAUUCAGAUUAACAGUGUUUUUACUUGGAUCUUAAAUUUUUAGGCCAAAGUUAAGGGGAUUAAACUGAGAUUUAAAACACAUUUGGAAACAAUUAGGGAACCAGGACAACUCAAUUUUUUGAGACAAACUGUAUCUUUUAUUUGACAAACCCAAAUAAAACUCUUAAAGACAA